AUGGGGUCUGCUUACAACCAUGAUGGCGAGCCGAGUCCUCUUUCGUCGCCGUUAGGACCCCUCUCUGAGUCGCCCGAAUCCGAGCCCGGACUGCACAACCUUUCUUUACAGACAGAUCACCUCAGGAGCUCGGCAGGCAGUGUUUCUUCGGGAUAUGACCCUCUUUCCAGAUCUCCGUUAUUCGAGAACGACCAUGGAAUUGGUCCGUCUGGGCUGGAUCGUAUACGCCAAAACCAACCCUCGCGAGUACUGACCCUUCCAAACAUGUCUUCCUCGUCGCUAUCGCUAGCUUCCAUGCCUGGCCAGCGCCCCGCUCCCUCUCCCCGCUCUCGCUCGUCAUCUCGAGCUCACACCAGUCACUUGUCGAGCCGAAGUUUCACGGAUCUAGAAGACCUACACCGGUUUCCCCUGGAGUCUCUACACUCCUUUUCCUUUGCUCAACAGUCCGAGGAAUUUCUCCACAGCCGUCAAAACAUUCUCAAGAGGUCUAUUGAUUUCAUGCGCGACCGGAUGGGAUGGGCCGCAAGCAAUGCCGCGAUCGCCAACGCACAAGCAAACGCCAGCGGGGACACGGAGAUGCAGGGUAUGAUGGACCUUUUGGCCCGGGCAAAUAUGCUCGAAACCCAGGAAAACCAAAUCCAAGGCCGUGGACCCAUCACAGGACCCGCAGAGAUUAAUGGCGGCAAUAUCUUUGAGAAAGCCUUCUCAGAUAGUGAUUCCUCUCCGGUCAGCACCCGAGACGGAACUCAGGAUUUCACCUCCCCGGGGUCACAUCCCUCCGACAGCUCCCGUUCACAAUUGUUGAGCCCGGUGCCUAGCGAUCAUAUCUCCAACCAAAGGAGGGACCUGGUCUCUGCACCUACGUCCAGGCGCGUAAGCUUAAAACCACAACCAUACACCUCUUCCGCGGAUCCUUUCGCCUCGCUUAACUCGACUGGAUUGGGAUUCCAGAUCCCUGCCCUUCACGCGCAUAGCAGCAAAUGGACCCCGGCUUCCCAGGCCGUGUUUAGGACCGAAGCCCAGGAACCAUGGACCAUUCUGGCUGCUAAUGAUCUAUCAUGUCUCAUUUUUGGUGUUCUUCAGUCCGAAGUUCGCCAUCUUAGCAUCCUGGAGGUUGUACAGAAGGAGCACCGGGAAUGGCUCAUGGCCAAACUUCGAGAUCCCAGCACUGAUGCCGCUGCCCGCAUGCCACUUCAACCCGAAAGAGCUAACAUCUCCGCCGUCAAUCCCAAGUUUCGAGGCCUUGGGAAUGGGGUGACAGCACAACUUCUCAGCAAACCAUCUUCACGAGAAAAGUCCCGGAGAGCGCAGACUGACGACGGAUAUGGCUCCAGCACGAGAAACGCCCGAAACAACAACCACCCGGCUAAUAAGUCACGCGGAGUCUUGCUGUGCGGUGAUGUAGUCCCGAUUCAGAAGCGCAAUGGGUCACGGGGAUCCGCUAGCGUCUGGGUUAUGGAAAAGCGUGGUGGCCUGAUCUGGGUCCUGGAAGAGAUCACAGAGAAUAUUUCCUCCAUCCAGUGCGACGAUUCAUGGAACGUCGUGAGUGCCAAAGGUGAAGUUGAAAAGAUCUGGGGCCCAUCUGUCGUUCAAAAAGGCCAGUCGAUCACCGACCUUUUACCCUGUUUGCCAUCGGAAUCUCUUGAGACAUCCCUCGAAAAGGGAUUGGCUAAAAUUGUGGAGCUGAGGCACUUUGCCGCCCGCACCGCGGCUGGCGUUUGUAUUCCUGUCGCUAUCGGCAAGGGAGAAGGAGAUCGCACUCUCCAAGUCUCCAGCUUCCCUCAUGUCGCAGGCAUGAUGGUGCUCUCGUCCUCGUCAUUGAACGUGAUCAGCUCCAACUCUGUGUUCUCUUCGGUCCUAUUCGGUCAAGAAAGACCAGAGGGACUCCACUUCACCCAACUUGUUCCCGAUUUCGAUGAGAUUCUAGAUGUUUUGACCGAGGAGGACAAUGUGCCACUGGUUGAUGGUAUUGUCAUACCCGAACACAGCUUCCGACGGGCACGGACACUUUCUAUUCUCCGCGACGGAAAAGCAAAUGCCGCCUCUGUGUUUACAGAGCCAAGUGGCCUGCUUGCCAAGCAUCGGGAUGGCUCAACCAUUGUUGUGGACAUUCAACUGCGCGUGGUUAAGAGCGGCACCAUCUUCUCAAAGAACAAGACAGAGAAAAGCAGCGAUCGCAACAGUGACUCUGAUGACAGUGAUGAUACCAUUGCAGUCACAGAGUUGGUCUAUGCUUUGUGGAUAACUUACUCUAGACAGCUCCACGCUUCUGGACCCGCUGCUGGCCUCUCGCCAUCAUCUGUACCAAGUUCUAAGCCUACCUCGCCCACACAUGACCCAGAUUCAGAUCGCCCGUCAGACACCGGCGCUGCUACCCAGAUUGCCGAAAAUCGCAAGAAUGAUGUGGAGAUCCAAACUCCGACGUCAACACUCAGUCAACAACUCAGUGAGGCUGCCUCUGAACCUCUUACUGCCCGCCCCGCGCUCCCAGUUCCUCUGGUUUCGGCUGCCAAUGCGAAGAACGACCCUCCGGCGAAGCGAACGAUUAACGACUACGUGAUUCUCGAGGAGAUGGGACAAGGAGCCUACGGCCAAGUCAAACUGGCACGUUCAAAGAAGCAGCCUAGCAAGAAGAUGGUGUUGAAAUUUGUCACAAAGAAGCGGAUCCUGGUGGAUACGUGGACUCGUGAUCGGCGACUUGGCACUGUGCCACUGGAGAUUCAUGUUCUGGACUUCCUGCGGCGGGAUGGGCUCAAACACGCUAACAUUGUGGAGAUGGAAGGCUUCUUCGAAGACGAUAUCAAUUAUUACAUUGAAAUGACUCCUCAUGGGCUCCCGGGAAUGGACCUUUUCGAUUACAUCGAGCUCAAGGCCAACAUGGACGAGUCGGAGUGCCGAAACAUCUUCAAACAGGUUACGGGCGCCGUUAACCAUUUACACACGAAAGCACUGGUAGUACAUCGUGAUAUCAAGGAUGAGAAUGUGGUUCUUGAUGGAGAGGGACGGAUCAAGUUGAUCGACUUCGGGAGUGCGGCCUACAUCAAAAACGGGCCGUUUGAUGUCUUUGUGGGAACCAUUGAUUAUGCCGCGCCCGAGGUCUUACAGGGCCGGUCGUAUCGAGGCAAGGAACAGGAUAUCUGGGCUCUGGGCAUUCUUCUUUACACAAUUGUCUACAAAGAGAACCCGUUCUACAACGUCGAUGAGAUCCUUGACCACCCCCUCCGAAUUCCCUUCCUUCCUUUCUCGGAAGAUUGCAUUGACCUCAUCCGCACGAUGCUCGAUCGCGACGUUGACAACCGACUCACAAUUACUGAAGUCCUUGAACACCCUUGGAUGGUGGAGGCUUGA